CAAAGGUUGGGGUUGAGAGAGAGGAAGCUCUCUACUAGCCCUUCAAAAUACACAAAUUAAAUCUUCGAAAUAAGGUAAAUUGGUAUAAUAUCUAGCGAACUACACCCAUCACUUCAAGCCUGGUUACAAUCUCAUGUUUGUUUGUCUGUUACGCUACCCUAGCUAACUUCAGCUGUAUAAUUAACGUUACAUUUGCCCAAGUUUUUUAGCUAGCUAGCUAGCUACUAUGUAACGUUAGGUAAGUUACGCGUGACCCAAGUUGAUCCGAUUGCUCAAUCAUGUCACAGACUGGAUGUUUGUCUACAACAAGUUAAUUGGUUUGAUCAAAGAACUACCCAUCGGCAAAAUAAGUGGCUGCUCUUUUGCUGAAAUGGGAACAUAGCUAGCUAGCCAGGGCCAGGCACCUUGACUUGUCUAUAGAGGUAGCUAAGUUAGCUAGCUAACUAGCCAACCGGUAGCUUGCUGGCUAACCUGUCACAUCUCUAGCCGCAUUUUUUUUAAAAAUUAAAAACAACAACAUUUUAGUCAUUUAGCAGACGCUCUUAUCCAGAGAGACUUACAAUUAGUGAAUGCAUACAUUUUCAUACUGGCCCCCCGUGGGAAACGAGCCCACAACCCUGGCGUUGCAAGCGCCAUGCUCUGACAACUGAGCUACAGGGGACGAGGCUAUCACAUCUCCUCUGAAACUACGAAUAAAUAACUUCCCCUUUCACAUACAUUGAUGAUGCUCUUCAGGGUACUGUAGUGUAGUUUCUCUCUCUCAGCCAUUUGCGGUAAUAGUGCUGUAGCUAUGUUUGCUGGUUCAUUUGAUUUCUUUCUUGGGUGAAUGUGUGUAGAGAGAGGAUGUCUGUGGCUGCACUCCGUAUGAUACGCUGCAGGAGGCUGAGCAGCACCACUGGCCCUGGUGUGAAGAAGGUGCUGCCGUGGAGGGACAUCAGUAUGUUCUGGGACUGAGCUGUCCCCCUUCACAAGCCACACUCAAUAAGGAAAUAUGAUCACUUAUCAAAUAGCCGAUACACCCACAUAAUGUGUGAUCAUCUGGUUUUCUUUAAUAUCCUUAGCAAUUAAAAAAGAACAUCUUUGUCUUAUGUUUUGAUUUCAGGGAAAAUUGCAAAGGUGACCGGAGCUGUCAUAUUGGGGUAGGUAAAGAUGAUAAUAAUCACUUCACAUAUACACUCAGACCUACUAAGUUAUUUUAGGUUGGGUUCAUUGGGUAUGGAGACAUUCUAUCCCCUAUCUGCUCUAACUACUGUAUAUCUUGUCUAUGGCUUCAUUCCUCUCUCAGGGGUUGUGUGUUUAUAACAUACGAGGUGGUUUCCUUGAACCAGGCGGUGAGCAUCGACAUGCAGGCUAUUCAGCAGGAAAAGCUAAAGUCCUACAUCUACCUGUCAGCCACGCCCUCUAAAGAGCAGGAGAACAUUGGCACAGGUAGAGUAUGUCAUUUACCUCACCUGGGCUUUGUGACAAGGCGCUGUCAUGUGCUCUCUGAUAACAAUAGUUAUCAGUACAUACAUGAUAUUCCACAUAGGGAAUGCUGAGACUUGUUGUUAUGUGCUUUUUCUUUCCUCUAUCUGGUUUACAACCCAAAAUUGAGGGGGUUUUGGAACACGUUUGAAUGCCCCAAUACUUCCUCAAGAGUCUACUCAACAAAAGGCCUACAUGUGGUACAUGUUGUCACAAAAUAUAUUGGCUGAGUUUUCAUUUACGAGGAAGAGUUGUUGAUGGGUUUAUGCCAGGUCCAGGUGUCCAGUGACGACAGUCUUCCUUCCUCCCUCUGCACUCCCUCCUGGGUACUGUAGCUCAGCCUGUCUGGUCCCUGCUCUCACUUCCACUGGCCAAGGCUGCUGUGAACGAAAACAGACCAUCCAGCCAAGACAGAUAGGAAACGGUUUAGAGAAGCAGUAAACAGAAGCAAGCAACAACUGUCAUUUUAGAACAAGAUUUACAGGCUAAGAGCCUAUUGUUUGGUCAAUUUUAUUAGCAAAUGUGCAGGUAGGUCAACCAGAGGUCCAGCCUGGAGAAGUUUACAGAUAUACCUUGGUACAUAGUUCAUUUGAGGUGUUAAAAUACUGUGUUAUAACAUGUUAAUUACUGAUUGUAACCAAACCCAUGUAUCUGUUUCAGGGCUCACAUAUAAGGCCAGGAGAGAACUUCAUAAAGCAGCAAGGAGGUUUCUGGAAAUUUCCUCAAGGAUUCUUCUGAGGCCUCUGGAUGGUGAGAAAGAUUCACUGAAAGUAGUUUCCUCAUACACUGCACUAAAUUCACAACAGCAGUAUUGUUUUUGUAGUUUUAAUUUUACUAAAGCUACAGCUGCAUUUAGAAACCUACACACAAUACUUUAGUUGUUGUACCACAUGCAUUUAAACUUCCUAUUCUGCUAGUACUGGAAAGCAAAAGUCAGUAUUGUGAAUAGAAACAUUAGUGUUCAUCCUCCAAGCACCGGGUAAAGCUCAGUUGGGGUAUUUCAGACGCACGGGUGGACGUCAGUAGGUUUGUUAUUGAGACAACGUGUUCACCUCAGGAAAUACCUGCCCCUCACUUCCUGGGUUUGAAUGCCAACUUUAGUGUGUCUUCAUGCAUGUACUUUUGUGUGUAUUCUUACACUUGAGUCAUCACCAGUCACAGGUGUGGACUGAACCCCCUCCCCUCUCCUUAAUGCUUUAGAAUGUGCAGACAUUAUGUAAUUCAAUUGUACAAUGGGGACUGUACUGCAGAUUCUGAUUGUACAUUAAAAACUGUUCUAACAUUAACCUUUUCUGACCUUACUGUUUGGCACUUGAUAGCUGCCCCGGCUGCCAGGCCGAUGAUAACAGCAGGUCUGCAGUCUCAUUGCUGUAGUACAGUAGUAGAAUAAGGAUUGAUGGAAUUAGGUGGUAGAUUGUCUUUGUUUGUACUGUAGAUUAUAUUAGACCCUUGGUAAUUUAGAUGUAGUUCUUAAAUGUAUUUCAAAUUAAAUAUAUUAUGUAAGAACAUGCUCGUAAAAAUAUCCAUAUUUCCAUCAUAAAAGUGUAAAUUGUAACUGUUUUUGUGAAUGCCAGAGCACCUGAGUCGUAUGGAUGCGGACCCCCAUGAGGUGGCGCUGUGGGUCCUGUUGAAGAGGGCUUGUUCAGCCAAUAGGACCACCAGACUGUCAGCUGUACAGGAGCUGGCCCAGAACCACCACUGGCAAGGUGAGACAUCACCACUUUCAACCUGUAAACAUGUGAAAUGUGUGCGAAUGAUAGUGAUUGGUCCGUUUCCCCUGUCCAUCACAGACUACCAGUACCAGACAGCAGCCCAGGCCAUAGACCAGAGGACGGCAUUGGGUCUGGCCCGCACCUCUCAGGUGGACCAACGCUUCUUCCUGUCUCCGCCUGUUCUGCCUGGGGUGGAAGAUGUAGGUAUCUCUCACUGAUGGGGAUUCAAAUGAUUGUGUAUAAAGGUGCUGUGUGUGUUUUAAUGUGAGUGUGUUUGUUUGGCCCUCUCCUUAGGGGUUGUCUGUAGAGGAUGGUCUGAGGCAGCUGCUGGCGUCUCUCCCCCAGUCUGAGGUGGACCAGUGUGUCCAGUACUUCACCUCACUGGCCCUGAGGGAGAGUACCCAGUCCCUGGCCGCACAGAGGGUAAGAGAUGCUCACACACAUAUACAUACAUACAUACAUACAUACAUACAUACUCACGAUUUUAGGUAGAUAACUGGAUCUCUCUGUUUUAGGGGGGUCUGUGGUGUUUUGGGGGGAAUGGAUUGCCCUAUGCCCAAAGCCUCACUUCUGUCCCUACUGAGAAGGUUGAGUCCUUCUGUCUGCAGGCCCUAGUGCAGCACUCCAAGGUUCUGUAACAUUUUGCUUCAACCACUUGUAACUCAAGCAGACAUUUUGUCAAGGGACUUUUGCUAAACAUUGUUAGCCUUUAUUGUCAAGUUGCAUGAACAUAUUUUUCAUCAAUACCUUGUAACUCACCAUAACAGAACCUCAAGGUUCUCAUAUAAUAGGAUACAGUCGUUGACACUAUCAGGGGAUAUUAAGAGCGUAUAAAUGCAUUCUAACAACUGUAUGUCUGUCCUCUAGGUCCAGAGUCACUGCGACCACAUCGUGGCCAACGGGGGCCUGCAUCUCCUUCAGAGGGUCUACCAGCUCCGCAGAGACUCCCCGAAGAUCCAGAGGAACAUUGUACGCAUCAUCGGCAACCUGGCUCUCAACGAUAGUGUGCACCCGGCCAUAGUACAAUCAGGUGGGUGCUAGCUCUCCCCUCAGUGUGUCAGGUGGAUGCAAGUUCUCCCCUCAGUGUGUCAGGUGGGUGCUAGCUCUCCGCUCAGUGUGUCAGGUGGGUGCUAGCUCUCCCCUCAGUGUGUCAGGUAGGUGCUAGCUCUGCUCAGUGUGUCAGGUGGGUGCUAGCUCUCCGCUCAGUGUGUCAGGUGGGUGCUAGCUCUCCGCUCAGUGUGUCAGGUGGCUGCUAGCUCUCCGCUCAGUGUGUCAGAUGGGUGCUAGCUCUCCACUCAGUGUGUCAGAUGGGUGCUAGCUCUCCACUCAGUGUGUCAGGUAGGGGCUAGCUCUCUGCUCAGUGUGUCAGAUGGGUGAUAGCUCUCCACUCAGUGUGUCAGGUAGGUGCUAGCUCUCUGCUCAGUGUGUCAGAUGGGUGCUAGCUCUCCACUCAGUGUGUCAGGUAGGUGCUAGCUCUCUGCUCAGUGUCUCAGGUGGGUGCUAGCUCUCCACUCAGUGUGUUAGGUAGGUGCUAGCUCUCUGCUCAGUGUGUCAGGUGGGUGCUAGCUCUCCACUCAGUGUGUCAGGGGUACUGGCUAUCGGAUUAUGUUCUGUUACUAGUGCCAUUAUUAUUGGCUAUCGGAUGUGAUGUUCUGUUACCUUGCAGGUUGGGUGUCAGUGCUAGCGGAGAUGAUGCAGUCUCCACACAUCAUGCAGGCGUCUCAUGCUGCUCGGGCUCUGGCCAACCUGGACAGGGAGACGGUCAAGGAGAAGUACCAGGAUGGAGUCUACGUGUUACAUCCCCAGUGCCGAACCAGGUACACAUUAUUCAUUGUGACUAACAACGUUUCCAUCCACAGUUUUUAUGCAAGUAAAGUCAUACCGUAUAAAUAAAAAAGUCACGACAGCUGUGAUGGAAACAGGAAGUUUCGGUACAAUUUGAUAAAUGCAGACAGAUAAUUUGUUUGUUUGACAUGGUAGGAUCUUUUUGUGUCUGUAAAAUGUAUUAUGCGAGAUGGCGGUGGAAACGCCUUUAUGCUCAAAUAUUGAUAUAAUAACCAUCAUAUCGAAGUCACGCGAUGAUACACUAUAUAGACAAAAGUAUGUGGACUUCCCUUCAAAUUAGUGGAUUCGGUUAUUUCAGCACACCCGUUGCUAACUGGUGUAUAAAAUCGAGCACACCGCCAUGCAAUCUCCAUAGACAAACACUGGCAGUAGAAUGGCUUUACUGAAGAGCUCAGUGACUUUCAACGUGGCACCGUCAUAGGAUGCCACCUUUCCAACAAGUCAGUGAGAUGUUCGACGAGCAGUGUCCACAUACUUUUGGUCAUGUAGUGUAUGUUGUGUGGUCCUCCCACUACAACUCGGGGAAAUGCAGUUUAUCAGGCUACAGAUGAAAUAAGUUAUGAUGAACUUCACAGGGUGUUGAAAGUGCACUGUGAUCCUGAUGCUCCUUUCCAAUAAAUAUUGAGGGUCUUAUUCUGGUGACAUGAUGAUCGAUGCUUGACUGCUGUUCGACAAAUAAAAAUAUUCUCACUCUUAUCUAUAAUAAUCUCAUCGUGUUGUUUAACCUAACCGCACAGCCUACCCACACUGUAUCUGCUAGCUGUUGGCUAGAGCGCACGUGCCAAAACCAGAGUAAGCACAUUUGCUAUUUAAUGCAACCGUUUUUGUGACAAAAUUAUCGGUAGAGUUGAAAAUCCAAUGGAAAUCACAUUAACAUUUUAUUAUUAUUCGGUACAUGAAAACUUAAGCGAAAAAAGUACAUUUUGUGUGCACUACGUCAUCACGCACUGAUUUUUAGCCGCAAAAAGAAACUCACCACUGGUGAGAAAAAGUGCAUAUUUUCUUUAUGCAGAAUUCUAGAGUAUUCGCAUAAAAAUCUGUCGCCAAUUGGAUAGAAACCUAGCUACUGUCAAAUAAUAAAAUGUCUUUGUACUUCCCAUAUUCACACAACCACUCCCCUUUUUUUAUGCGUUUUGUCUCCAGCCAGCCAAUCAAAGCGGAUGUUCUCUUUGUCCACGGGCUCCUGGGGGCGGCCUUUAAGACGUGGCGGCAGCAGGACUGUGACCCUACGGAGGAGAAGGCGGCGGGGGCCAGCGAGGACUACACAGAGUGCUGGCCCAAGGUAACACCUGGUAGAGGGUGAUUUAUUAUGUGUCACUGUAGUACUCAUGACUUUACCACCAGAUGGGAGAAUAUGUCACCUUUGCUGAUGUAGAAUGUAUGUUUGAGUCAUAUGAAGCCAAGCCUGCUCACCGACGUCCUCUCCCUCUUUGACUGGUUCUUUCUCUCCCCUCCCCAUUGGUCAGUCGUGGUUGGCUGCGGACUGCCCCAACCUGAGGGUUCUAUCUGUGGAGUAUGACACUCACCUGAGUGACUGGAGAGCCAAGUGUCCUGUUGAAAACCAGAGGUGUGUGUCUUCUCUUUCCUCAACUUCCUUAGUGUGACCAUAUUACUGUAUUGUUCAGACAUUCCUGGUGACAACUCUACUGAUACUGUUGUAUGUCUGUGCCCUUAGGAUGUCUCUGGCCUAUAGGAGUCGAGAGCUGCUGAAGAAGCUAAAGUCAGCAGGAGUAGGAGACAGGCCUGUGGUCUGGGUUUCACAUAGCAUGGGAGGUAAGCUAUCUUUUACUAUUUAGCAAAAAAUUGACAAUGGACAAACACCUGUUAGUUUCGAAUUCUCUAACCUCUAACAUUUCCUAUCAGGUUUGCUGGUGAAGAAGAUGCUGUUGGAUGCAUCGAGAGACCCAGACAUGAGAGAACUGAUGAAGAACACCAAGGGCGUCAUGUUCUACAGUGUGCCCCACCACGGCACCUUCAUGGCAGAGUACUCUGUCAACGUCAGAUACCUCCUCUUCCCCUCCGUAGAGGUCCGGGAGCUCUGCAGAGGUAUGGACAGAAGUCAUUUGUGAUUAUAUUGGAGGUCAGGUUAGAAAGACCGAUUCUUAACAGUAGUGUUUUAGAUAGUAAUAGCCUCCCAUUGCAUUGCAUCCAUUUGUGUUACAGAUAACGAACAUACUCCUGUUUAUGAUGUUAUUUGCAUCAUCGUCUAUACGUAUUCCCUCAUUCCCAGACUCUCCUGCGUUGCGUGACCUGAAUGACAACUUCCUGAACAUGGCCAAGGACAGGGAGUUCAAUGUGCUGAGUUUUGCAGAGACUAUGCCCACCACCAUCGGCCCCAUGAUCAAGAUACUGGUGGUGCCAAUGCAGUCAGCAGGUAGGCUGCUGUCAAUUAAUACAUUCUGUAGAACAUAUUCACAUGUGCCCUAUAUCUAAAAUGUACCUAUGAAUUCAGGUUUUUCUUUCAAUUCAAAUUCUUGAACUUUUGAACUUCUUCCAUGUGAAUUUCCUAACUCUGAGACUACUCCGGUUUCAGAUCUGGGCAUUGGGGACCUGGUCCAGGUGGAUGUGGAUCACCUCAACAUCUGCAAGCCUGAGAAGAAAGACUCGUUCCUCUACAAGCGCAGCCUAAAGUUCAUCCAGGAUGCACUGAAGGGCUACACCAGCCACUGACACCAUCACUGACACCAGCCACUGACACCAGCCACUGACACCAGCCACUGACAUGUCAACAGCUGCUAUGAUGCUUGAAUUGGAAGAGGAAGGGGUACUGCCUCACAGAAACUGCCUCUCUUUGUUGCACAUGUAAAGAAACCAUAGAUUUGAUUAUAGUGUUUUACAAAAAAAGAUAUGUUUUAUGUACGUAUGAAGGAUUUUUGAGAACGUAUUCAUUGGGUUUAUUAUAGAAAAUGGCGCUCCACCUGUUCUCCAGCUAGAUCUCACUUAGCACUUAGCAGAUGAGUUUUAUUUAAAUGAUUUUUUAAAUGAUCUCAACCAUGUUUACAGGUAGUUUAAAGCUGUAAAAAAGACAUUGGAUAUUGACUUUGCUUCUUCUUCCCCUUUGUCCUUGAUCCUGGUCAAGUAGACAUUUUAACAUUCAUACUUACUGUAAUUUAACCAAGAGACACUGUACUACCCUGCACUACAACUCAUUCAUUGAUUACACAGUAUGAAUUCGUGGCUUGAGUGGUGUAUUUUGUAUUUGUAUUUAUUAUGGAU